AUAUCCUUGCAUCACCAUCCCUGCCCGCUUGUUUGCGGCACUUGUUUCUGCUGCAAUCAGUGCCCCUUGUGAUUCUGUAACUACGCCAACAACAUACCUAGCCGACUACACUUUGUACGACGCCUGCAACCACAACAUCACGUAUUCCUUUCCGAAUCCUCGCGCUAGACUAGACAUUGUCGGUUCUUUGUGUCGCUUCCCACUUCUGUGGAUUAGUUUCUCUUCCGUCUCCGGUAAGCCUGGCAUCUGAAAUGCAAAACGCCAGCCGCGCACUGUCCCCGCCAACGUCAACACCUAAACAAUUACCGUCAACAUGCGCCGCGCAUCCGUAGAUCUGGCCGACCCGGCUCGCAACAUAGAAGAGUCCGUGGGCACUCCCGAUCCCACUGCCCCAGACUCCGAUCUCGAUCUAGACAUGACUCUAGCCACCGAAGAAGACGACGAACAGCAGCGGAUUCACACUCCACCUCCCCACAUCGCUGCGCGCUUCUAUCGCCCAACACAGACUCGGCGAAAGGACUCUGCUGCUUCUUCGCGUAGAAACUCCAUAGCCUCUGCCCAGUCCCGUUCUUCUCACGGUUUCGCCCACCAUGGCGGUCCCCAAAGCAGAUUCAUCGCCCAACAGAUGCGACGUGCUUCUAUUCUCGAGGACCGUAAAGCCCGCCUUGCCGACCGAGCCGCUCAUGCCGAAAAGGUGCGCCUGAGGGCUGCUGUAGCGAAAGCAGCGCAGCAGAAGAGUUCGAACUCGGAAGCGCGCGCGUUGGCCGCCGCCCAAGCACGAGAAAAGAACCUAGCCGAGAUUGUCGCGGCUUGUGCUGAAGAAGUCAAGCGUGCCAAGGCAAUAGCAGAAAGCAUGAAAGAGAAAAGGGAGCAGGAUAUACGAAAAUUGAAGUUGCAGAUGGAAGAGCGUCUCGCCGAGGCUGAGAGGAGAAGGGAAGAGCUGCGAAUUCGCCAAGCCACAAGACGCUCACGGGCUCACAGCACCAUGACUAGAAAGUCGGCUGGCGACUCCACUGCAUCGGAAGGUGACGAACAAGAGUCGUCAAGUGUAAAUGAGGAGACUACAAUGAGUGAGGAUGUUGCAGCAUCCAAGUUACAAUGGUGGUGGAGGGGUUUGUUGAGGAGGAAAUCAGUCCAGCAAUUCUCAGAUAUCGGGCUGAAUAUUGAUGGCGUUCGGGAGACAUCUUUUGAUAAGGUGGUGGAACUACUUGGCCAGGAACAAGUGCUCCUAGUGACGGCACGCGUACUUCGGAUUUGUGGGUUAAGCGAGGGUGAUAUUGGAUCUGUCACUGAGAUGGCUGCCGUUCGAUCCUUUUUGGGUGCUUUUCUCAUACUUGGCCAUCCGACCCAAGUCCUCAGCAACAAGGACCAUAAGGGAGAACAGGAGCAGGCUGGAUCCUCUCAAGGGCAACCCAUCCCUCGGGAUGAUCUAGCUAAUCCGCAAUUACAGGAUCUGGUUGCGAAGGCGCGAGAUUUGCUGAUCUCCUUUGAGAACAUCUUGUCACGAUUAACUUCGCUGAAUAAUUACACCCCGCCACCAGCUUUGCAAGGCGCCUUGCCGGAAGUCUACGCCACCUUUCAUAAUGCAUUCAUCGCCUGGAAAGCACGAGACUCGGACGCUCUGGUCGACGUGAUGAUCUUGCAGUUUGUAGAACUCGAUGCUAUCCUUCAGACUGUCAAAGACCGUACAGAGGGCGCCAGCACCGAAUCUUAUCUGCAGAGUAUCAGGGAUAAUCAGCUGAUGCUCAUGGUUCGAAUCAAAAGGCUCGCAGGUGCUCAGGAAGGAAAGAAGAGGAUUUUCGAGGCAGUGAAACAAGCAAGAAAAGCUAGAGCAGCAAAGAAACCCACAGGAGACACCAAACCUCGAGUCGCUGAACACUCUCUCAGCACCGAGGGCUCUUCGAUGGUAGAUCACGCUACAGCAGACCAUGUGAUUUCAUCCCAGCUGCAAACACUCACUCCUCCGCCGACGCCUAACAAGCACCAGUCGAAGCAACCAGUAACACAUUCGGCUUAUCCCCCUAUUUUACCGGACAAUAGGGUUAUUGUUCACGAGUUAGCAAUCAACCGGGAAUACCGCAUUGAAUUCGAGCACUUUCAAGAACAGCAUAAAUCCCGCAUGGAACCACUCUUCAAGGAUCUCCGCUUAGGGCCGAGGAAUGAAGAGAAAGAAUUCCAUUAUCUCGUUGUCAUGGCCAACUAUAUAAAAGAUCGUUUACAGCAUCUUGUCAAGCCCAAUUCACCUAUGCACACUUUUAUCGGUGAAAUACUUGAUACAGAGGUAGCUGGACGCCAAUUCCAGGCUGGUAGCUUUUCAUAUGAAAAGUUCUUCUCUUCUAUGGGCUCUCUGCUUCCUAAGCUUUGUGCCCCAGUGCGGGAUGACGAAGUUAAAGACCUAGUGGACAACAAGCUUAGCCAAGGCCCUAUAGUCGAUCGCUUCGAGGCCCUCAUCUCUUUUAUUGAUGUGAUGCUUUAUGACUACGCCAACUAUAUGCUCCAAGUAGCAGCGCCUAACCUCGUUGAACACGCUUCUCCGUACGAAGCAAAGAAGUUUGCCGAGGAUCUCGACAGCGGCGUGAUCACGCUGACUCGCGCAGAGGCUGCGUGGCGGGACGCCCGAAACAAAGUCCAUGCGGAGGCAGCCCGGCGUGACCCAGAGGGAAUCAAUCACCCGAAGCUCCGACCAACGCCUGAUAAGAUCUACUGGCAAAUGCUUGUGGACCAAUUCACGCAGCCUUCGCCUUUGGUUGAUACUAUACCUGAACCUCUUGCUCUCGACGAGAAGCGUCGGGUACGUCUCGGCCGCCAAACGCUUCGCAUCAUCACAGCAGGUGCCAUUCUCCUGCAAUGUAAAAAUAUGCUGAAACGCGACGUUCGAGCCCCUUGGAAGACAGAGGCCGGUCGGGUUUUCACCCUUCUCGAGUCAAUAGACGACGAUGCCAAGGCUCUAAACCAGUCGACAGCUGUCCACGGCAUAAUGGCGGCCCUUGAAGCGGGACGGUCCAUGCCUGCAGCAACUAAGAAGCAUCUGCAAGCUCUCGUAACGAGGGUUCUCGAGGCCUACACGGAUGCCAAGUGUAACAACACGGAGCCUAGGGAGCCCGUGAUGAGACUCUUGCUCACGCGCAUUAGAGGACAUGUGUUGACGCGACUACAAGCGGGCUCUACGAGCGAAAAGAUCAAGGCCACGAGUACGGCCGGAGAGAAGUUGGCGAGCUUAGGGUUGCCCGAGUUCGUCGAGAGGGUACGAGAGAUGAUUGAGGAGCUCAGUCGUGUUGGGAGCGUUGAUCGAGAUACGCAUGGAGUUUGGUGGGAAGGCGUUUCUACCAAGGUGGAUCAGGAUGAGUCGGCAGCCAGCAAAGCAGCGACAUCUUGAUGAUUGAUAUUACGUUAGCAUUCCGGGGUUAGCAGAACGGCUCACAUUCACAUGUGCAUCAUUUUUUUUCGGGGGAUAAUUUGGUAUUGGUCUGUAUUCAUCUCACAUCUGGUUCUGGUUGGGAUUGAGGGAUUGGCGUUCAACGGAUGGGCAUGAUAUACAUACUACUACUAUAUGCAUGGUUGAUGACGAUGAAGGGUUUCGGAUCUAUCCAGAUUGGAAUUUCGUUUUAAAGCAUGGGACUGAGAAAGAGGACCAUUUAUCUGCAUUAUUACUUGAGUAUCCCAUAGGUAGCUUGUAUCGCAUACUAGGUAACAUACAGAAGAAGUAACAACUAGCGAUGCUUGAAGAUAUUAUGCUUCAGGCUAAUGACGAAGCGUACUGGAUUGAGCUCAACACAGUCUUUGAAGUGCGGCGAGGUUUUUAAACUUUGAUCAUUGGCAGUCUAAGA